CAUAAAUAUUAUGUCUGAUAUAAACACUACAUGUUUUUUCUCUACCUAAGUGCAAUGUUUCUCACUUUUUUGUUUUUACAGAAAUACAAGCAUUAUCUUCACGGCAACAUGGUUAUAGACCGACGUUAUAGAUUUUAUAUUUUAUUGAUUUUCUUACCUGGACUGUUUUUUAUCUUUGGAAUGAAGACUAACUUUAUUAACAAAUGGUCAGUGACGCAAGAACACGAGAAAAGCAAUCCAUACCCUGAGCAAACCACAAUUGAAAAGUCAACCACUAGGCAUCCAUUGGCACCUCCAUACCCGUACCCUUACAGGUUUCUCAUCAAUUCGCAAGACAAAUGCUUAAACCGGAAGCCAUUCCUUGUGAUCUUAGUGAUUAGUAAUUGCCACGAUAUUGCAGCUCGCAAUGCCAUUCGUCAAACAUGGGGCAAUGAAAGUAACUAUAUUAAUGUUGACAUGGUCAACGUUUUUCUGGUCGGGAUGUCUCCUACUGCAUCUGGUAGAGUACAGACAAUGCUAGAAGAGGAGAGUGAGACUUUUGGUGACAUUAUUCAGCAGGACUUUCUUGACAAAUAUUACAAUUUAACAAUAAAAUCCCUAAUGGGCUUUCAGUGGGUGACACAAUUCUGUCCAAGUGCCAGGUAUGUGCUUAAAACAGACAGUGACACAUUUAUAAAUGUAGAAUAUCUUGUCCAUCAAAUCCUAUUUCCAGAGCAGCCAGUUCGUACUAACUAUUUUUCAGGGAAUAUAGUUGCUAAUACAGGACCUUUAAGAGCUAAAGCAUAUAAAUGGUACGUACCUGUGGAAGUCUAUCCCAAUGACACAUACCCUCCUUACUGUUCAGGACCCACGUAUGUCUUCUCAGUAGACAUGGCAAAGAAGAUCUAUGACAUUGCGCAAAUUAUAAAGGUAAUUCCCAUGGAAGAUUCUUUUAUGGGGAUUUGCUUAUAUCACAUGAACAUUCCACCAACUGAACCUCCAAAAAAUGUAUUUGUCGGGGGCAGAAUUGAAUACGAUCACUGCAAAUUUAAGAAACUUAUUACAGUUCACCACUAUCAGAAAGAAGAACUUAUUAACGUGUGGCAAGAUUUUUGGGGAAAUAAGAUAUAUAAGUGUUAAGGCUUCCGAGUAAAGAAAAACCCAUAA